AAGGUCAACAUCCUUUAUAUUGUAACAAACAACCCAAAACAACAAAAAGCAAAAACAAGAAGAAACUGCAUGGUUCACAUCGCCACAUGUAUGUAUAACUAUAAAAUGACGCAAUCAACAUGUGAAAACUCUUAUUUUUCUUCAAAGGACAUUGUUGUUUGUGUCUCUCAAAUUCUGUAGAGACAUGGAAACAAUGGAACAAAGGCUUGUCUCAAGUUGGUCUAAUGUUCAUUCCUCAGUUCCACCUUCCUUUGUUCAACCACUAGAGUGUAGACCUGGUAAGGUCACAAACCCUUCAAGUAAGACAAUACCCUUGAUUGAUCUUGGAGGACAUGAUCAUGCUCAUACCAUAUUACAAAUUUUGAAAGCUUCUGAAGAAUAUGGUUUUUUUCAGGUGAUUAACCAUGGAGUUUCCAAGGAUUUAAUGGAUGAAGCCUUCAAUAUUUUCCAAGAGUUCCAUGCCAUGCCUCCAAAGGAAAAGAUAAGUGAAUGCUCAAGAGAUCCAAAUGGAAUCAAUUGUAAGAUCUAUGCAAGUAGUGAGAAUUACAAAAUUGAUGCUGUUCAAUAUUGGAAAGACACAUUGACACAUCCUUGUCCUCCCUCUGGAGAAUUCAUGGAGUUUUGGCCUCAGAAACCACCCAAAUACCGUGAGGUUGUUGGUAAAUAUACACAAGAACUCAACAAAUUGGGACAUGAAAUUUUGGAGAUGCUUUGUGAAGGGUUAGGGCUUAAACUAGAAUAUUUCAUUGGUGAACUUAGUGAAAAUCCAGUAAUACUAGGUCAUCACUUUCCUCCUUGUCCUGAACCAAGUUUAACUUUGGGCCUAGCCAAACAUAGAGACCCUACAAUCAUCACUAUUCUACUUCAAGAUCAAGAGGUGCAUGGACUUCAAAUUCUUAAGGAUGAUGAAUGGAUUCCAGUUGAACCUAUUCCCAAUGCUCUUGUUGUUAACAUUGGUUUAAUCUUGCAGAUAAUCACGAAUGGAAGGCUUGUUGGUGCUGAACAUAGAGUUGUGACAAAUUCAAAAAGUGUACGUACAUCUGUUGCAUAUUUCAUCUAUCCAUCAUUUUCAAGAAUGAUAGAACCUGCAAAAGAAUUGGUAGAUGGAAACAAUCCUCCAAUAUAUAAAUCCAUGUCAUUUGGAGAAUUUCGUAAGAAGUUCUAUGACAAGGGUCCUAAGAUUGAACAAGUGUUGCAAUCCUAAUCAUCCAAAUAUAUUUUCACCAUAUAAUUUAAAACUAUGUAUGGAUGGUAUAUUUAAAAUAAAUAAAAAAUCAGAACAAAGGGACUAAGAGAGAACUAAGAUAUUUCUCUUAUUUGAAAAAGCAUAUAAAUGAGGGGAGAAAGAAUUUUGUGUGUAUCUAGAAAUCCUAGCUCAACUGGAAAAAUGCCGAAAUUGUUAGGUAGUAUGUCAUGACUGGGGUUCGAACCCCGGUACCUCCACUUGUGUGUGUGAGUUUAUAAUGGCUUUACCAUUUCGUCUAUCUACAAAAAAAAAAAGAAUUUUGUGUGUUGGACUUGAACCAUACAAUUUUCUUUGUAUCUAUUAUGAAGAAAUAUAGUAGAAAUGCAACUUUUGCCAUUUAUA